AACAAAUCCGAUCCGUCGCGCCUUUCCUUUAAAGUCAGUGCAGCUUAGCUAACUUGGCGGACGGGGAAUCUAUCUUCUAGCUCCAGUCACGUGCAUUCACAUUCUUCUCGCCACUUUUUCCUUAUUCAAACUAAGCUGUGUUACAGAUUCGAAGACGAAGAAGAAGGAUAUGAUGAACGGAGAAGAGGUCAAUUCUCAGAUGAUGAAGGUUGUCAAAGGAGAGUUCGGCUACGUCCUCGAAGAUGUUCCUCACCUCACUGAUUACAUCUCUGAUCUUCCUACUUAUCCAAACCCAUUGCGGUCCAAUCCUGCAUAUUCAGUUGUCAAGCAGUACUUUGUUGACAUGGAGGAUACAGUUCCCAAAAAGAUUGUUGUUCACAGCGAUAGUCCAAGAGGGGUCCAUUUUAGACGUGCCGGUCCUCGCCAGAAGGUGUGUUUUAGUUCAGAUGAUGUGCAUGCUUGCAUUGUAACAUGUGGCGGUUUAUGCCCUGGGCUAAAUACUGUGAUCAGGGAAAUUGUUCAUAGCCUUGACUACAUGUAUGGUGUCAGAAAAAUCAUUGGAAUAGAAGGAGGCUACAGGGGAUUUUAUGCCAAGAAUACCAUUGAUUUAACUCCAAAGCUUGUAAACAACAUACACAAACGUGGUGGUACAAUCCUUCGAUCAUCACGAGGAGGUCACAACACAAAAAAAAUUGUAGAUAAUAUACAGGAUCGUGGGAUUAAUCAGGUCUAUAUUAUUGGAGGGGAUGGAACCCAAAAAGGGGCUGCUGCUAUCUAUGAGGAAGUUAGAUGCCGAGGUCUCAAAGUUUCUGUUGCUGGGAUCCCCAAGACAAUUGAUAAUGAUAUUCCAGUAAUUGAUAAAUCGUUUGGCUUUGAUACUGCUGUAGAAGAGGCUCAACGUGCCAUCAAUGCAGCUCACGUUGAAGCCGAGAGUGCUGAAAAUGGUAUCGGUUUGGUUAAGCUAAUGGGUCGCUAUAGUGGGUUCAUUGCAAUGUAUGCUACAUUGGCCAGCAGAGAUGUUGAUUGCUGUUUGAUUCCAGAAUCACCCUUCUAUCUUGAAGGUCAGGGAGGGCUUCUUGAGUAUAUCGAAAAAAGGCUCAAGGAAAAUGGGCACAUGGUUAUUGUGACAGCUGAAGGAGCUGGACAAGAACUUAUUGCUGCUGAGACUGCUAUAGCUCAGUCCGAGAAAGAUGCUUCCGGAAACCAUCUUCUCCAAGAUGUUGGCAUGUGGCUUUCCCAGAAAAUCAAGGAUUAUUCUAAAGAGAGACAAUUUCCGAUUACUCUUAAAUAUAUAGAUCCAACUUAUAUGAUCCGUGCCAUCCCAAGUAAUGCAUCUGACAAUGUUUAUUGUGCAUUGCUUGCUCAAAGUGCUGUGCAUGGAGCAAUGGCUGGGUUUACGGGCUUCACGUGUGGGCUUGUCAAUGGUCGCCAGACUUACAUCCCAUUUAAUCGAAUUAUAGAGCAGCAAAACAAUGUUGUGAUUACUGAUAGGAUGUGGGCCCGGCUCCUUUCCUCAACAAACCAGCCAAGCUUCUUGUGUCCUAAGGUGGUGGAGAGGUCCAGGGAAGAGGAGAAAGAGCUAACUCAGCUGGUCGCUGUGGAUAAUGGCAAGACGCCAGACGAUUCUAUUACAACACCAUCAUAGAUUCAUAUACACACACACAUAUACACAGUAUUUUUUUUCUGGAGGGGAAAAUGGCAUGCACACCAUAGCUACGUACCAUAGAAUUGAUUUACACGCUAAUUUAUACUCCAAUAGUUGGUGAUUGAACAAGUGGAAUAAAAUAUAUUUGCAGCAUUUAAUAUUAGAAAACAUUUUCGACUAUUGUGGUCUGAUAAUGAUUUGAUUUAGUAUUUUCUCCAUUAUAUGCACCGCCC